UGUGUGUAUAUAUAAGUCAGUUAUGAUUUCUUGAAUCCAUAGCAAGUUAUUACAAAUAUUAUUUCCAUCUACUUGCAAUUUUUAGCCAUAUCAUCCAAGAAAAAUUCAAAUGUCUUCAAAAAAUAUGAGUUUUCUUAGCUUUCAUGGUCUUUCAAGAAAACCAUCACUAAAACCAGCCUAUUCAAGAAUCUACAAACAAAGUUCUAGUGUUUCAUCGCCACCGCCAGAACCAAAAUCUUUCGAACCAAAUGAAGAUGAAAUGAAAUGGGUUUUCGCCAAAUUUGAUACAAACAAAGAUGGCAAGAUUUCGCGCCAAGAAUAUAAGUCUGCCAUGAGAGCCAUGGGCAAAGUUGGAAUGAAUGAAGCAGAAAUGGCUAAGGCAUUUGAAGCUACUGAUAUCGAUGGAGAUGGGUUUAUAGAUUUUAAAGAAUUUAUGGAGAUGAUGAAUAAUGUAGGAGAUGGAGUUAAGAGUAAUGAUAUUAAAAGUGCUUUUCAAGCUUUUGAUUUAGAUGGUAAUGGAAAAAUAAGUGCAGAAGAAUUAAGGGAGGUUUUGAAGAGAAUGGGAGAGAGGUCUAGUUUGGAUGCAUGUCGAAAAAUGAUUCAAGGCGUUGAUAGGGAUGGUGAUGGAUUGAUAGAUAUCAAUGAAUUUAUGAAUAUGAUGACUCGUACUAUGAGAUCUUCCUAAUUUUUAGAAAUUUGUUGAGUGUUGAUUCAGAAGCACUACUGAAGAACAAAUGUUAUUUUCUUUUCUUUUCUUUUCUCUUUUCUCUUUUCUUUUUUUUUUUUCGGUAUAGAAGGGGAGCAGGAGCUCAAAAGAAAAAGUCGAAUAGAAUGUUGUUUUCUUUUACAAUAAUUAUAAGAAUUAAAUCAUCUCUCUUGUUUUUCCUUUCCCUCUAGGUUUGAUUUGUAAUGAAGCUUCCCAAACAUAUUCAGGAACCUAAGCUUAAAAGUGAA